CUUUACCCCACGAUACGAUCUGUUACGCCUCCCCCCUAAAUUUCAUUGACUCGAGCAUCAGCGCGACCAACUGCCACCGCCAAAAUGGACGAAAAUGUGGCAAGUUUCCAGUCCAUCACGGGCACCGACAACGAGAGAGUAGCGCGAGGCUAUCUUGAGAUCUCGGGCGGCGAUGUCAUGCAGGCAAUACAGCUCUUUUUCGAGAGCCCUGAACUUUCAGCGAGUUUCACCACACCAAGUCAAGGUCCGCCAGCGUCCACACCAGCAGCUGCGCGAGGAACGGCAGCACCAGCUCGCACUGUUGGCCGCCAGGAUGCAAGCGGCGUCAUCCACAUAGACUCCGAUGAUGAAGAAGACAUUCAAAUGAGCCAAGCUGAUGAUCAUGACGACAACAUUGUCAUACCGGACGAUGAUGAAGAUGAAGUUGCAGCCGUGGCGAGAACCGUACAGGAGGAAGAGGAUGCCGCCAUGGCUCGGAGAUUGCAAGAUGAGAUGUACUCGCAGGAACCCGGCUCUGUCGAUGGCGUGAGGGCUCCUAUGAGCCGAACUACCGAGACGCUCGUAGACCCGCAUCCGGCCUGGGGUAUGGACGAUGAUCGGGAGGCCGCAGUUCUCGACGAGUUGCGCCGGAGACGGCAGGCUCGAGCCGGGCCCGCAAACCCUUUCUCUCAGUCCAUCUGGGACGACCCUGAUGCACCUGGUAUCGGCGCCCCGCCUGUGCCACUGGGAUCCCGUGCGGGAAGUCGUCCAGGAGGCCCACCAGAGCCAGAUUCUGCCCAGAGAAGGCUUGCUGACCUCUUCUGCCCUCCCUACGACCUGCUCUCGCGACUAUCGUGGGACGAUGCGCGACAAGAAGGCAAAGAACAGAAGAAGUGGAUCAUGGUCAACGUCCAAGACGCCAGCAUCUUCCAGUGCCAGGUUCUGAACCGAGAUCACUGGAAGGACUCCAACAUAAAAUCUUUGAUUUACGAGCAUUUUAUUUUCUUACAAUACGACAAGAGCGACCCUCAAUCUCGAGAAUACAUCACUUUCUACUUUGGACAGGGUGUGGAUGACCCCAACAACUACCCCCACAUUUCCAUCAUUGAUCCCAGAACUGGCGAACAGGUUAAGACUUGGUCGGGCUUACCGCUACCCACAACUCUGGAGUUUCAUGCCGACCUCGUUGAAUUCUUAGACCGGUAUAGCCUGGCGGCCAACAGCAAGAAUCCCGUUCCAAAAACCAAACCAAAGACCAAGCCCGUUGAUUACGGCCGUAUGACGGAGGAAGAGAUGCUCGAGAUGGCAUUGAAGAACAGUAUGGAGGUCAACGGAGGUUCAGUCGGACCAAGCAUUGAAGACCCGGAUCAGCCCACAAAGUCUGACCAAGAAAUCGGUAAGGGCAAAGGCAAGGAAGAGGCUGAGCCGUCUGAAUCUGCUUCACCCUUCUCGCAAAUCACAAGGAGCAACCCCCAUAUCGAGCCAGAAAACAAUUCUGCAACCACUACUCGAAUUCAAUUCCGACAUCCUGCCGGUCGGGUUAUUCGCAGAUUCGCGGUGGCAGAUCCAGUGCGCCGCAUCUACGAGUGGCUGAAGGCGGAACCUUUGGAGGGCAAGGAAGGGAUCAAGUUCGAACUCAAGGCGAAUCCAGGUGGCGACCUCAUUAGCAGCUUGGACAAGACUAUUGAGGAAGCUCAUCUUAAGCAAGGCACCGUCAUGAUCGAGUUCGUCGAAGACGAAAACUAGGCAGUCGAUGUAAAUGACUUGACCAUAUUACACAAUAUGACAGGAUCCCCGCAGUCUCUCGCCGUGUACUAGUGGACUCAACCUGGGGUACAAGUAUAUCGAUACGUCCUCCCCAAGCAUAUCCGAUGGACUGUAUAGCCAUGACCCAAACAUAUCACUCGGCCGACCACCGUGGUUGUUAUGCAUGUCCAUCGAUACUCAAGCAUGAGAAUGUAGCUUGAACCUUGCUCUAGCGUUGCAUUUCCAGGUAGUAGCGACAGGAAUCAGUAUUCCAACAACUCGCACCACCUUGGGAUGUCGAAGCCUGUUUUAUCAUGGGCUCCUCGACAAGUCUUGGAUGGCUGGAUCCAUAUUCAUAGAUAGGUAGACUAGUUGCAACGGCCAACGGUCGUUAGGGUAGCAAUUGAUACAUUUCGCCCUGGCAAUA